UUUAAAGAUUCCAGGAUUAUAAUUCCAGAAAAGCUUCAAGGAGAAAUAUUGAACAGGUUACACGAAGGCCAUCUUGGAAUAACAAAGUGUCGAGCCCGAGCUCGAGAGUCUGUUUGGUGGCCAGGCUUAUCGGCGAACAUUGAGAAAUUGAUUGCGAACUGCUCAAUAUGCAUCCAAUACCAAAAGUAUCAUAAAGAGCCUCUUAUCCCAAGCGAAUUUCCUGAGAGACCUUGGCAAAUUGUAGGGGUAGAUCUUCUAAAACUAAAAAGCCAUUGGUAUCUCAUAAUGGCUGACUACUUUUCAAGAUAUUUUGAAGUUGCCAGAUUGGAGGAAUUGUCGUCGUCGUCAGUAAUUAACCACAUGAAAUCAAUUUUCGCAAGACAUGGAAUUCCAGAGGUUGUACGAAGUGACAAUGGCACCCAAUUUUCCCAGGUUGUCGACUCUGAAUACCGUAAAUUUGCAGAAAAGUAUAAAUUUUCAAGUAUAACUUCUAGUCCGAGAUACCCUCAAAGCAAUGGAUUCAUUGAAUCAAUGGUGAAAAAUUUCAAAAGUCAUUACUUGAAAUCUGAGUCGCAGGAUCAUUAUUUGAUGCUUCUAGCAAUGAGAUCUACGCCAUUAGAGAAUGGCUAUAGUCCGGCAGAACUGCUAAUGAGCCGAAAAUUGAGAACACCGUUGCCAUCAAAUAAUCACCAAUUGAUACCUCGUUUGGUUGAUUUCGCUUCAGUAAGGAGGAAGGAAAAAGGGAAGACAGAUAAACAGAAAACCUAUUUUGAUCGACGCCACGGUGUAAGAACUCUUCCACGGUUGAAGUUAGGACAGCCAGUCUGGGUGUCAGAUAUGCGAACAUAUGGAAAGGUGAAGGAGGCUCACCAUACUCCACGAUCUUACAUUAUCGAAACUCCAAGAGGCACGUUCCGCAGGAACAGAAUACAUUUACACCCAUUGUGUAUUCCCCAGACAGUCUCCUAGGAAGAUGAACCGCAGAUCGUCGAUGAGGAGAAAUCGACUGGAUCAUCCAACCAGAAUACUCCCGUGGAAGAAAUUCCCAGGACGGAAAAUGGAACAGGAUCCGGGAAUAGGGAACUUUAUGAACCAAUGCUAGAAAUCAAACAAAACUCUCCACCGGGUGAAGAGGACCUUCCUAAAACCCGUAGUGGCAGACCUAUACGAGUCCCAAGACGGUAUCUGGAUUAUCAGCCGUAAAAGAGAAGGGGGAGAUGUAAUAUAUGUUGAUGAUUUAGAUAAACAUUAAAUGUAAUAUAAUAUAUGUCAACAAUUUAAAACAAAGGAAAUGUAAUCGAGAGGUGCCGAGGUGGUGGGACGGAAAGCGAGCGAGAGAGCUCGAGGUAACCAGCUGGAUGUAGAAGUGUUUAGUUGUAUUAAUAAAGAGUUAUUUGUACCAUAUUAUCUGGUCAGUUGAGUUGUUUAUAAUACACCAAUAUAUCAAAUGAAGUUAUCAUGAAUUCCAUACAGCAGUCUAGCAGUAGAUCAGAAUAUAUUGUGUAGUCAAUUGUGGAUUUACCAAUAUUGGUUAAGCAGGUAUAUUCUGCUGGAAAAUCAGGUUUAAUGCAUUCGUUCAAUAUAAAUAGUUUGUAUUUGGUUAUUAAUUCUAUUAAUCUUUUCCCCAUAUUGUUAGCUUGCUUAUCCUUGGAUUUUUGAUAAUUAUGAAUUAAAUGAUUAAAACCCUUAUAUUUAGGUGCCCAUCAUUUCACCAAUUCUGGAGUUGAAGUCUCCUAGUAUGAUAAUGUACAGGGUUAUAUGGUACCAUGUAUCGAUCUUUUUGAAGAUUUCAUUAAUUGUAGUUAUAUCAC